AUGGUGAAUACUACUGAUAAGCCACCUGAUAAAGGGAGGAAAGUUCAGAGUGAUCCACCCAUGGCCCUUAACUCUGAAGCGAAAGAUCAUUUUCAGCAUAAUAAAGUUAAUGAUCAAGACAAGGAGAAAGAUAUCCAAGCCCCCUCUCAAGUUAUAGAGAUUGAUCAGCAUAUUACUCAGAUAGAUGGGAGUGAAAACAGCAUGUCAAAAAACAAUGAAAAUACCUCUACUUGGGAAGAAGUUCAAGAAUCCAGCAAUAUUCACAACAACCUGCAGGAUCACAACAUGCCUCACAGUGCUUCCCCGUCGAAUAACUCUGACAAGCAGGAAGGAAUCUGUGAAAGCCUCCCACCUGAAACUAGUGCUCUGCCUGAUAUUAACUUGGUGGUGGAACUGGUUCCUCACAAGCAGCAGCAGGAAAUCACCGAGAAGAAUCAUAAAGAUAGCCAACAGGAGCAAGAGGUUACUUCUCCUAAGUCUAUGGAAAUCCAUCAUCAGAAGCAAAUUCUGAACACAAACAGCACUCAGCAAAAUCCUCAAAAACAUAUUCCAACCACUGCCACCAAGAGGUUGGAUCCUGAGGAAAAGAAGAAAAACAAGAGCCAUAAGGGGCAAAAACAAAAUAUAGAAAUCUCUUCUCCGAUGGAAAGAUUGUCACAAAUUGGUCACCAAUACGGUAAUCCAAAGGAUUCUAAUGAUGCUAAAGAGGAUGAUGAAGGUUUCUUCACGGUCAAAAAAGGUGUCAAAUCCAAAAAGGCCAUCCACAGGCUAAAAAAAAUCAUCCACAUUCAUAAAAUUAAGAUUGUUGCUAUCCUGGAACCUUUUGUAAGCAUUAACAAAAUUGAUGCCUAUAUGAGGUACCUUGGAUUUCAAUACAGUCUCAAUAACUUAAACGGCAAGAUCUGGUUCUUCUGGAAUAGCAACUACCGGACCUCUAUCAUAUCCAACACUGAUCAACAAAUCACCAUCAAAAUGUCUCAUAGUGUUUCUGGAAAACACCUCUUUAUUACCACUAUUUAUGCUAAGUGUACUGCUGCGGAAAGAAAAGAUCUUUGGAUCAGUUUGGAGAAUGUUUACCUACAGGUUGAUGGACCUUGGUGUUUAGGUGGAGAUUUUAAUGUCAUCCUUAACCCUUCGGAAAAGCUUGGUGGUAAACCUCAUAGAAUGUACAAGAGCUUAGAUUUUAGCAGUUGUAUGGACAAUUGCGAACUCACUGAUAUUGGUUUUAUGGGACCAAACUUCACCUGGUGCAACAAUAGAAGACCUGUGAAAAGAAUCUGGAAAAGGCUUGAUAGAGUGUUCAUCAAUGAUUCUUGGGGUCAACUAUUCCACAACAACAUUGUUAGACAUCUGCCUAGGACUGGAUCUGAUCACAGACCCCUUCUAAUCAACUGUCACAAUGCCUAUAAAAAUGGUAUCAAAUACUUCAAGUUCCUGGAUUUUUGGACGGAGCAGCCUAAUUUUUAUCAGUUAGUGGAAGAGACCUGGAAUGUUCGAAUUUUUGGUAACCCAAUGUGGAUACUCCAGCAAAAACUCAAAAUCCUUAGCAAGAAACUCAGUCAAUGGUCCAGAGAUGUUAUUGGUAACGUGUAUGAUGAAGUCAAUAUGUGGGAAACCAAGAUGCAUGAUCUGGAAAACUUGGACAGUUCUAUUAACACUGAACAAACUAGAGAGGACCUCAACAAAGGUAAUGCUGAAUACAUUAGAUGGCUGGAUAUGCAAGACAAGCUUCUAAAGCAGAAAGCUCACAUCAAAUGGACCGAAGAAGGGGAUAGAAAUAGUAAAUACUUUCACUGUUUGAUCAGGGACAGAAGAAGGAGACUGCAACUUCACAGAAUCAAAAACAGUAAUGGCAAUUGGGUACAAGGAGAUGAGGAUAUCUCAAAGGCUGCUAUACAUCAUUUUGAACACAUGUUCAACCUCAAUCACAACUUCACUGAUCAUGACAUUCUCAAUGUGAUCCCUAACUGUAUCAAUAAUGAUGAGAAUGAAGCCCUCAUUGCUAUUCCUGAUAUGGAAGAGAUCCGAAAUGCUGUUUUCAAUAUGAGCCCUUCUAGUGCUGCUGGUCCAGAUGGCUAUAACGGGAAUUUCUUUCAUAAAUGCUGGACUGUCAUUCAAGAGGACAUCAAAAACAUGGUUGAAUCACAUCUUUUGGAUAAGCUCAUUUCAAAACCACCGUUUUGUCAAAGCUGCGUACUUAUCACUGAAAAUGUUCUUCUAGCUCAAGAAUUAGCCCAAGGAGUGUCUCAGACUAAUCAAGGGGGCAACAUGAUCAUCAAAUUAGAUAUGGCAAAAGCUUAUGACAGAAUGUCAUGGGAUUUUCUACUAGCAGUUAUGAGCAAAUUUGGUUUCUCUGACAGCUGGACUACUAUUAUCAGAAGACUUAUAUCAGAUGUGUGGUAUUCUACUAUCAUAAAUGGUGAGCGAAAAGGUUUUUUCACCUCCUCUCAAGGUUUGAAGCAAGGCGACCCUUUAUCUCCAUCAUUAUUUAUCAUUGCUGCCGAGGUGCUAUCAAGAUUGCUCAAUAGCUUACAGCACAAUGAUAGAUUCGUUCCUUUCGGCAUAACUGAAUGGUCCAAUCAUUAA